AUGCAGUUCCUCACGGCGGAAUCCCAGACGAUUGAAAUUGAGCUCACCGUUAUGUCUACACCCUGCUUGUUGUUGGAGGUUAGAUGGCUCCCAUUUACUCGAAUGGAUUUGGCUGCACUCGAGAAAUUCCCAGUUUCCCCGUCCCUAGGCAUGGAAUGGUACGGCAAGAGCAGUUUUGAUGAGAGUUCUCAGGGUUCUAACGGUGUCCCAGUGAUACGCGACCGUCGAGUACGAGGUUUGAGUCCAGCACCGGAAAGUGAACGAGACCGGGAUGGUGGCUUCGAGUCAAUGAGUUCACAAGACAUUAUGACGUCUAACGAUAAGCUUGGGUUACCCCUUGUGGAAGAACAAUGCCAAGUUCAGAGCAAUGAAGUCAGUGGUGAUAUUCCCUCUUUUCUGAUCGAUGAUUCCAUCACUGAGACGUCACUAUUCCAACCUCAGCAACAUAGUUUCAGGGCAAACGAAAGAUACCCGGAAGAAAAUGAAAGUUCAGGUGAUAUCACGUGUCAUGAGGAGAGAGACCUCGCUCACCACAUCAAAACUAUACAACAGAGCAUUGACGAUAUUAAUCGUCAUCCCAAUCGCUAUAGAAAGCUUCUAGAAAAUCUUUCAAUAGUUAUUGAAACACUUCAUGAACAGCUGACCACUUCUGGAAAAUUUUCUACUAGUUCUUUGUCAAGACAAAAACUCCCCUCAAAGAAAAUAGACAGUGAUUUACAAAAAAGUCUUUCCAUAUUAGAUCUAGCGAUCGGUGAAUCACCUUCCAAUUUUGCUUCAGCUGUCGAGUCUUGGACAAUGCCACUUUCCACUGGUUGGGAUGAUCUAGAUUCAGCGAUUGAAUGGCAUCUGCGAAAUAUAUCCCUUCUAAUAGAAAAAUUAGCUACCUCUGAGAGAAUAUUCACUGCCGCAACAGAUUUAGAAGGGUCGAAAAGUAAAAGUCUACUUUGUAUCCAUGAAGAUCUGAUUGCCAUGGCACUUGAUUCUCAGUCUGAAAUCCUUUCGGAUAUUACCGGACUGGUAUUCAGCUAUAGUGAGUCGAAGGAUCCCCUGAGGAUUGUUCUGCAAUCCCACUGCCUUGCAUAUUGUGGUACAAUGGAUCGGGGAUAUCAAAUCUCCCAAAACAGUACUCACUCACCUCUCUUUCCCAAAUCAUUUUGGAAGAAUUUUGUUUGGCACAAUACUCCAACUAGUAAUCUCUUACUCAACGAUUUACCCAACUCUGGAUCUAUUAACAGACUUUCCGCUUCUGGGGAAAAUAUCCAUCCCUCUGUUAUGAUUGAUCGAGAGAGUCUUCAAGCAUAUCUCCUAAAGCAAUAUGCGGUUCUUUAUAGCAAAGAAGAAGAUGAACAGGCGCUUUAUAUAGCAAUUGACACUCUGAUUGAACAGAUCACAGAUAAUGAUUUGACAGAUGCCAGCCCUUCUCGAGAAAUACCGCUAACUCAACUUUGUCAUCGAUUGAAACCGCAAAAUUUCAAAAUCCUCACACGAUUCGACAGCCUUAAACCGGGAACUUUCAAUAGCAGAACCAGCAUUUCCUCACCCCGACCAACUCAGCCCACUGAUCCUUCAAUUGAUCUUGCUCUUGAAUACCUCAUUCAACAAGGUUAG